CGCGGCGACGACGACGACGACGAGACUCGCCGAGCAGGAGAGGGAGAGGGCCCUCCCUUCCUAUAUACUCGUCCCAAUGGCCCCAAAAGGCCCUUCUGCGGCUGCGGUCCUGUUUCCUCGGGCGUAUCAUGCACCCGCCGAAGCCUCACCACGAUGCUGUCGUCAACUGCGAGACGAAAUGACUCGGCUCUCCUCUUCUCUCUCUGCCACCCUCCCACUCACAUGCUGCCCAACCUCCCCCCAAGCCAAACUCUCCUGGAUGCCUGCCCUUGCCGCAUUACGAAAGAGAAAAACGGAUGAGUCGCACGCGUGCUCGAGCGUCUGGACACGCAGCCUCGUCGUAGGGCUGGUCUAGCGGGAGGCAUCAUGAUGGCCCUGAACGACGAC